AUGAACAAUGAAAUGCCCCGACUCAUCGAAACCGUUAAAGACGGCAUCCUGGACACAUCAGCCCGCUGUCAGAGAUGGCUCGACACCCCCAACGGCCGAGGCGUCCUGAAAUGCACCAUCGCAUACACCAUCGCCAGCCUCGCCACUUUUGUACCCUUUGUCGCCAACUUUCUUGGCAAGCCUGAGGGUAAACAUGUUGUCGCUACUAUUACGGUUUACUUUCAUCCUGCGAGAUCGACUGGGUCCAUGAUUGAGGCUAUUCUUAUCGCUAUUGUCGCCGUGGCGUACGCGGAGAUCAUUUCGGUGCUUUCGAUGGUUACGUCGGUUUUCUUUGGGUCGACGAUGCAUCUUGUUACGCUGUCGCAUGUUUUGGUUGUCGUGGUGUUUAUUGGCGGUGGGUUUGGGUUUAUGGGAUGGGUUAAGCAGAGGAUGCUGAAUCCGCUCGUCAAUGUUGGAACGACACUUGCAUCGCUGGCUAUUAUCGGUGUCGUUACCAAGGAGAACCACGUCAUGUCGAAUGUCUUUUCAAAUGAGAAGGUACUGCAGGUAUUCAAGAUGUUGGUCAUGGGCAUCACGACUACGACGCUGGUCAACGUAUUUCUCUGGCGAACUUCUGCUCGGACGUCACUUCGCGAAACAAUGAAUCGCGUUUCGAUUCCUUUGGGCGAUAUGCUGUACAUGAUCACCAACAGCUUCCUCAGCGGAUCCGAAGAAGGGUUGGUGUCUGAUGGCUUCACGGCGGCGUCGACGCACUACUCCAAAUCUUACGCCCAGAUGAUGAAGGACAUGAGGGAAGCCAAAUUUGAGCACUAUUUUCUUGGACACGAAGCGAUAUACGAGCACGAGAAGUCUGUCGCACGAUCAAUGGAGACGCUUUCACAAGCUUUGGGUGGAUUGAGGAAUGCGACGAACACCCAACUCGAGCAGCUGAAACAUCCUAAGCCACUCAGCUCAGAGACAUCCGGAACAGAUACAACAAACACUGCACGAGAGCUAUUCGAGCAUUUUAACGAGUCUAUAGCAAUGGCCAUGUCAACAGUACGCCAGAACCUCUGCAGAAUUCUCCAUGAGCCACAGUUCGGGCAGCCCCCUCACUACGAAAUCAAUGUCGACGAAGACUUGCGCCGCAAUUUAAUGGACUCGCUGGAUACGUUCGACGAAGCGCGCUCGGAUGCUCUCCACGGACUCUAUGAACGAAUAGAAAGCAUGGCCUCAUCCGACUUUUCCACCCGAGCAAAUCUUGAAGAAGUAGCCGCUGCCUGUGGACACUUUACAUUCAGUCUUCAAUCAUUCGGCGAGGAUGUACUGCAGUAUCUGGACGUCCUAGAUGAUCUGCAGUACGUUGUAAUUCACAAAAGUCGAAGUUGGAGGUGGUUACUCUGGUGGAAGAAUAAUGAGCAGGACCUCAACAAGGCUAUCAGGCUGUUUGAGUCGGCUGAGGCGGAUGUGUUGAUGCGCAAUAGACAGCGAUCUGUGAGUGGGAUGAGUGUAGCGGAAAGUUCUGCCAACGUUCCGAGGCCUGUGGAUGUUAGGACAUGGUAUCAUGCUCCUGAUCUCAACAAGAUACUAGCUUGGUUCUGGAGGAAUAUCUCAGCGCUUUUUAAGAAAAUGGCGCGAGAUGAUAUCCAGUUCGGUCUCAAAGUCGGUAUCGGUGCAGCUCUAUGGGCCAUGCUCGCGUUUCUCAAAGAGACGAGGGAAUUGUACACCGAGUGGCGCGGUGAAUGGGGACUCUUGUCUUUUAUCAUCGUCUGCAGUUUCACAGUCGGCGCUUCCAACACCGUCAGUUUGGCUCGAUUCAUCGGAACGUUGUUCGGAGCUUUAUUCUCCAUCGUCAACUGGAAAAUCAGCCACGGUUAUGCGCUAGCUCUCGUACCACUCGGCUGGCUUACCAGCUUCAUCAACUUCUACCUCGUCAUCCAACAUGGAAAGGCUUCUUUCGGACGAAUCAGUCUCCUCGCCUACAAUGUCUCAACUUUAUACGCAUACAGAGUCAAAAGAAAGGCCGAUGGCUACGACACCGACGAUGCAAUCUUCGAACAACCCGGUAUCAUGGAGAUCGCCAAACGAAGAGCUAUAGCCGUCACAGCAGGUAUAAUCUGGGGCCUCGUGAUCUGCCGCGUGAUAUGGCCCAUAUCCGCUCGACGAAAGUUCAAAGAAAGUCUUUCGGUGCUCCAUCUCCAAAUGGGUCUCAUCUGGAAACGCGGUCCCCUAACAGUCCUAUUCCGCAGCGAAGGAUCGCAAAGUUAUCUCAAAUCCGGCGAACAAGCCGCUCUGCAACGCUACGCUGCCAACCUCGACAGUUUGCGCAUCUCCGCUGCCUCAGAAUUUGAACUUCGUGGACCUUUUCCCAUGGACGUUUACGGAAGAGUUCUUAAAGGCACGAUGAGAAUUCUGGAUAGCUUUUACAACAUGAGUCUCGUCGCAUGUCGAAAAGGUCAUCUGACAGAAGGUGAAAAAGCGUUACUAACCCACACUGCGAGGGAAAGAGCUAUUCUUUGCGAUCAUAUCUGUCAGGCUUUCCAGGUUGUUGCUAGCUCUACUAUGUUGGAGUAUCCUUUUGCUGAUGCUACGGGGAGUAUUGUUUCUGCGAGGGAGAACUUGUUGAGUAAGAUCUUUGAGUUUAGAAAGGAGCAUCAUGGAGGACUUGAGAGUUUGAGUGAGGGUGGUAAUGGGGUACUGGUGGAAGAGAGGGAUUAUGCUCUCUUGUACGCCUAUGCUCUUGUUACGGGACAGGUUGCUGAUGAGUUGAGAAUGGUGGGGAAGGAAAUUGGGAGUCUUUUUGGUGUUUUGGAUGAGGAUACCCGGCUUUUGCAGUAG